AUGCAGAAGUAUCUAACUUUAUAUUUAUCGAUUGUAUUGGUGCUGAUCGAUGUAAGUAUACAGGAUCUUGGUAAACCUGCACUACUUUCUGGACUUGGUGAUCUUGAUUUCAGUUUUCUUCGAGCUCCAACAAGUCCUGCUGGUUCUGGAGGUGAUAGAAAUCUGUGUAAUUGCCAUGGUGCACCAGUACAAGAUGUUCUAACUGUUUCAUAUCAUGGUUCUAUAAGUCACAGUGUUGUUUUAUGCAUGUGUAAUAAUGCUGUUACAGGUGCUAGUGUUAUGAUUGAUACAAUGGGAAGAGUUCCUGCACCAAUUCGUCUUUAUAAUAAAGCAAUGGUAUCAUCACCAGCUGGAGUAUGUGGUGGAGCUGGAUCAAGUGGAGAUGUUUCAUACUAUUGUUCAAGUAAUAUGCAUGUAUCAGUUUUUAUUCAUGAAUCUGCCCAUUCAAUGGAUCGUGGUAAAUCGGCAUCCAGUGAAUGGCGCGAUGCUGUAGCACGAGAUACAUGUGUUCCUGAUGCUUAUGCUAAUAGCAAUUUUGCUGAUAAUUUUGCUCAAGUAGUUGUUCUUUGGGUUCAUUUAGUUGGUACAGGACGUCAUUUAGAUUUUGGUGGAAGUAAAUUUGCUUGUAUGAGAAAUCAACUACAUCAAAUAUCAAGAUAUUUGCCUGCUACUAGUAUUCAUACAUAG